UAUCAAUAUAUAAUAGCUUAUUCUUAUUCUUUUAUAUUUAUAUAUAGAUAUAUGUUUAUAAAUGUAGUAGUACAUAUAUAAAUAUACUUUAUAUGUAUAUUAUAUAUGUAAACAGUUCUAUAAAGUUGACUAUAUGCUCUAAUCGCAUCAAUGUCAAAGCACCUGCCACAAUGGUCAGGAAAAAUCUAUUUUCCAUUGAAAAUAAUCCAGUUUACGUAGCAUUCGUUGACGUACCGAUGAUUGCGUAAUCGAAUAAAUGCUUGAAAAGUAUUAUAAUAAAGGAGACGUAUAACGAAACGACCGAAUGAUAAAUUAGUUAAAAUUGCUUUAUUGCAUGACAAACAAAUAUUUAUAAACAAAAGGCUAAAAAGAAAAGAACUGUAAUGGGUAGUGCGCUAUUAUACCAGUUUGCUAAUUGCUCCCUUUUUUUCACGUUUGCCUAUACAUGAAAGAGUUCGUCUACAUUGUCUUUGAUUUUCAUAAUUUUCCUUUUAUUUCUUAUUCUAUUUUAUUACUGUUAUCUUCCCUUACAGUUUUGAAGACAAUCCUGCCGUGCAGGUGAAGCUAAUUUUAGAAGUUCAUAAGAACGUCUUCUUUUACAAAGAGAGCAACUUCUAUCCCGAUUUAAACAUAGAAGUUUCUAAAUAUUCGGCCAGACAUAUUGAAUUUGGCCACAUAUUUAUGGCAGUAAGAAAUGAAACUGAAAUGGAACCAUACAAAAAAAAUCUAUGCCCUAUCGAUAAAAAUUACAAAGCAAACCUCAAUUUAAUUGAGUUUCCAGAAGAAUGUCCGAAUUCACGAGUUUAUCAAUGUGCUAACGGAAAAGAGUUAAAAAUUCAACAAUCUUGUAUGAAGAAGAAAUCCCUUCAACUAUAUUGCUUGGGCUGGUGGAAGAAACCAGGUUCUAAUAAGAAAAUUGGGGUUGUAAGACAUGGGGAUACAAAACCACCAAAUUAUAAGUGCUUCCAUGCAUCGAGAUCUGAUAACGUAGAAACGUUGGUAACAUUCAAUCAAGGUAUUCAUAUGGAUUUGUGCGAGGCGGAACCAAGGGAUUAUUAUAGUAGAGACGUCUACACUUUUAGGAAGUUGGAUGAUUCAACUUGGAGUAAGAUGAUUUGUCGAUUUCCCUCUUGGUUCGAGAGGCGGAAGUGGGUAGACAUGUUGGGUAGAUAUCGGUACGAGACUUGGAAUACCGAUAAGGAAUUAAGAGAGAAAUUGAUUGAUGGUGACGGAACGAGGACAUUUAGAUGUGUGGGAAUUCGCUCUGAUGACGAUCAUUUUAUAAUCCAUAGUGCAACAUCCUCUUCAUGUGAUCCGAUCAUGCACUGCAUCAAAGGAAUUCGCAGAGGUGACAAACUCGUUGAACUAUUAAUCGGCUCGCAUCUUCGGGAGGAAGAUCGUUGGGAUUGUGAAAAGUCUUUGAUGAAAACUGAAAAGAAGAUUUUAUUAGCCGAGGAUACUUCACUCGUCGAAUGCCAAAUUCGAGGCCGUCAUACGGAUGCGGAAGAUGAGAGAGGAGGCUGUAAAUCGAAUUUGAACGCUUGCUUAUCACCAAAUGUCAUUACCAUAGCGACUCUGUGUAAAGCAAAGAAAUUGGCCUGCUACCAUACAUGGCAUCAUGGAGGACAUAAGUACAUUCUAGUUGGAGAUUGGGAAAAGAAAAGAGAGGCUCGAAAUUGCUUGCAAAUUACUGAAAAAGGUAACACAAUGACGGUAAAGACAGCACCAGAAUGUAAUAUGGGUGCCCCUCACAUAUUUGGCCAACCUAUAAACAUAACUCUUCAUUUACAUAGAAGAAAAUGUCAUAAAAGGAAAAGCCGACAAAAGGAAAAGAAAAACCUAAAAAAGAGCGGUAAUGAGAAACGUUCAGAGUUAGAAGUCUAUAUGGAUACUAAAACACCUGAAAAUAGUGCCCCCUCACGGACUUUUCACCAUCUAUCUAUCGCCAUCUGCUGGUUGACGUACAGACUGUUUUAAAACGAAAAAUCUAUAAAUAGAGCAAUGGGAAAUAACGUUAGAAAAGAAAUAUAAAGAAAACGAAGUUGUAAAUUAUUAAUAAGAAGAGAAAGAGAAAAUAUAAAACGAUAUAAACUGCUAUUUUUUCUUUUCAUACAUUUGAUGUAAAUAUAUAUACAGUAUAUAAAAACUAAGUUAUUAGUCAUUUUCUUGCCGUUAUUAGUUUGUUUCAAAAAGGAAAAAGAAGACAAAAAUGACAAUUGACAAUUGUCAAUUACAAUAAUUAAAAAUUCACAUACAGAAUUGAAAAGGAAAUAUCUAAAGCAACAAAAGACAAACUAACAUUUUUGUGUAAUUUUCCCUUUAUAACCAAAAAAGAAUUCAAUUAUGUUGUAGUGGAAAGAAAAAGAAGCUGUGACUUAGAAAUUUCAUAUAACUGAUAUAUGUAUAAAUAAAAGUGUCUACUUUAAUUUUAUCAAUUAAUUAAGAACGAAAGAUAAGAGUACAACAUUCCUUUUUACCCUUUUCCCUUUUAUUUGUUUGUUUUAUUAAAAUCUUAUUUAUGGAGCAUAAAGAAGAAAAUAUAUAAAUAUGAAUGUAAAAACGUGA